AUGGAGAUUCGAGUGAAAUGUGAGUGUGGAGAAGAAGAGUGUAGCGAGUGGACGAUCGUAGAGCUCCAAGGAGUCGUCGAGACUCAAUCUUCGUUCCAAGGCUCUCUUCAGAAUCUCGAGAUCGGUCGUCUCUGCCACACCAACUCCUCCCAGGAAACAUACACGUUCACGGUGGGUUACCACGAGCUCAUAGGAUCUAAGGUGAUUCUGAAGAAGCCAUUACUGGUUCUGAAGAAGCUUCAAAAGUGUACGGACGAUUUGUCAGGGAAAGAAACGGAAUUACAAGUUGUUGGGAUUAUACGAACAAAGAUCUUGUUCAAGACCAGACCUAAGCCUCUCAUGUCCGGAACAACUUAG